AUGCAAGCUCCAAAUUUCAAUGAUAGACUUGUCAAAGAACCAUGGGGCUAUUGUCAAAUGGACAACAUAACCAAACUAAAAGAUAUCUGCCCUUCACAAAUUGAUCCAAACGCUUCAACAAAAUCAUCCGAAAAUCAUGCUCAUACUUUAUUGAUGUCAGCAGUUACACACGGCUCCAAACAAUGUGCUGAGUACUUAAUCAAGAGUGGAGCCACAGUAGAUAAAAAGAAUUUUUAUGGAUAUACAGCAUUACACUGGGCAGCUUAUUCAGGCAGAACAGAAUGCGUUGAUUUAUUACUAGAGAAUGGUGCUAACCUCGAAUCUAAAACAGGAGACGGAAUGACACUUUUCCACAUUGCCGCUUUAAGAGGCCACCUCAAAUUUAUGGAUUACAUUGUCAAGAAAGGAGCUAAUCCUAAUGCUGUUAAUAGUGAUGGAUGGACGGCAAUGCAUUAUGCUGUAAUCGGAAAUCAUCGUCCUGUAGUUGAAUAUCUAUUGAAAUUGAAGAUAGAUUAUAGAUCGUUUGAUGUUAAUAUGAAGACAAUUGACUCAAUUGUUGAAGAAUACGGUCGUUCUUGGUUUAAUGAAUUAACAAACAAAUAA